AUGACCUGCCACGUACAGCUCCGAGGGUUUCGCGUAUCAGCUGACCAUACUGCUGUUCCAGAUACAACGAUGAAAAACUCCAAUGAAGGCGAUUCUUUAUUUGAAGGACGUUUCAGAGCAACACGUGUGUGGAAUGGUAUGAUAAAGCGCUUUCGAAGUGGAAUGCCUGUAAAACGACAUCGACGUCAACUGCGCAUCUACGACGAUUGUUUCACAGGUCGCGAGGCUGUAGACUUUAUGAUGAACGAGCUACCAAAAUUUAUUCAUGACGGUCGAGAAAUAACCAGAUCCAAUUGUUCAAAACUUUUGGGUAUGUACUUAAGUAUGGGAUUGUUUUGUACUGUGCGUGGGAAAUGGGAUGAUAGCGAAGUAUUUAAAGAAAGCGAAUUGUACCGAUUUUCAAGCGUCUCUCCCGAACUGCUGGCUGCAACACCAAUUUUAGUCCGCCGCGCCGCUUCAUUCAAUGAAAGAUGUAGUUUCAAACAAAAUCGGCUUAGGGAUAGAGAUUUUGGAUUUACUGCUCUACAAAGAGCCCAUAACAUUGGCUGGAAAAAUAGAAACAAUAAUUCGAUAGUACCAGCGCGAGUGCCUAUCCUUGCAAAUUUGAACGAUGAAUUAUCCAAAAGGUCAACCAGUAGAGUUAUUCUGGAAGGGACCGUUUCGCAAGAGAAAAUAAAUGAAGUAACGAUGGAAAAUAUUGAAGUUAGAGCAGGGACAUCAAAUCAGAUUAAUAUACUAGACGAGAUGAUCGCUAAGUUAACCGAAGUCAACAGUAAUUCAGCCGAAUCUUCAGGAAUGCAAAAGCUUCGAAAUUUCGGGAAAAUUAUUCAGGCUCGGACUCCGGAGAGUUGCCCGCCUUCUGGAUCUCCAGGAGCGGUUGUUAAUGAGGAACAUAGUGGUGCCCAUCUGUUCCUUGAUACCAGCGAAAUCUAUAAGAAUGUUCUACUAAAUCGGUUGAGAUCACUGCUGCAGGUAGAUUCAUUAAAUGGGAUUCUCGAUUAUGAUUUUAACGGUGGAGAUAUUAGAUGGAAUUGCGAACGGGUCGGAACGAAAGGAAUAGUUCGUGUUCAACCUGAGAAUGAUUAUCUAACAAAUUAUGUUAUUACAAUGAUGCGUUAUCUGUCGCGAUGGCCAUUCGAUACAAAGUUUGCGGAAUCUACGCAUGUACCAUACGAAGGAUUCGAAUUAAAUGUUUUCAAAAGUGUUUGUGAACAGUUUGAUAACGAUUGUCCAAUGCUUCCAAAUCUUGUUGCAUUGUCGAUUCUACAUAUCAUACAAUUGUUUCGUCAGAAAAGUUUUCAACAGCGAAACUCAGCAGAACUGCGUAAGGAAACAGUUUUUUGCGCUGACAGUUCACCAUUUACACGUUACGUGCAGAAGACGGUUAAUUCUCAGAAUCAAAGUAAACUAGAUGGAAAAGAUGAAAGUUCUAAUUUGCGUACAACAGUAUCGCCUAGCAAAGGAUUUACUGGUGAAGAACAUACUAUGUCACCACCAAAUACUAUGCGCUCUUCCGUAUCUACGUUGUCAGCAGACAGUGAAACUUUUUCAUAUAAAAUGGCCUAUGAAGCAAUUUUAACUCGGCUUCCGGGUCUGCAGCGAAGUCCUGAGCUUAUGCAGCGUAUUGAAGAACUGGCCAAAACAAACACUUUUGUGCCACGCUCAAGCACUCCUCGUAUAGAAUUUUGUGUACUGCUCGCUGGGGUCGAUAGUGAAAAUGAGAGAUUGCUGAAAGAAGCGGUAUCACUAGUCAUGCUAACCUUGGAGCCACGUGUUCGUCGCCGACUACACUACUUGUUGCGCUUUAUGCAACGUGUCAGCCGAAAUUAUUGUUUACGAAUGGAUAAACGUCGUGAUAACCGUUCAAUUGUUCUUGAAAGUUUGCCGAACAAGAUAGUACGUGCAUCUCAAGCUAUAAACGCGUCAGAAUGCCAUCAAUUGGUCAUAUUUUUAAUGGAUAAUGAAUGUGAUACGUUUUCCAUCCCGGAAGCAUUUAUUUCAGAAGUCAAACAUCAGCUGUCGUUACCACAUGAGGUUGUCUUAAAGAAAUCGCCAACUGUUCAACAGCCUAUCACUGAUGAAUCAUCAGGUACCGAACGUUUGAAGGAACACUUCUGCGAACCAAUCAAAAUAGAAGAAUACGAAUCACAAAAGAAGGAUGUUGAUAGUUAUUUACUCUCUCUCUUGGAUGGCAUAUUGAGCGAUGAAAAUCUUUCAGUUGCAGAUCGGAAGCAGCGACUUAAAAAGUUCAAAAAGACUUAUCCAGAGAUUUACGCACAGAAAUACCCGUCUCCUGAAUUGCCGAAAACUCGAUUCAUCGAUCGAAUUAGAAAUUUUCACUUCUAA